GUCUUGCGUUAGCACGUUCGCGUAAAACCCCUUCCGGAUUGUGGGGCGUGCGGACCGCGGACUUGUAGGUGCACGUGGACCCGGUUCUUGGCUUGCGUCAUGGGGCGCAAGUUGGACCCCACCAAGAAGGAGAGGCGCGGCCCUGGCCGAAAAGCCCGUAAACAGAAGGGUGCUGAGACCGAGCUCGCCAGAUUCCUGCCGCCAGUUGGUGAUGAGAGUGGGAAGAGACUCUCCAGCCGUGCCAGGAAGAGGGCAGCCAAGAGGAGAUCAGAGUCUGCAGGGGUACCUGAAACCAAGAAACUAUCUCCUGGUCCAAAGCCUCUAACAAAAGGUGCUGUCCAGCCCUCUGGGAAGAAGGGACUGAAGGCUUCUGGACUCAAACCUGGAAGUCAAGCAUUGUUUGUACCUGCCAAGGGCAAAAAACGCCCCGCCCCAUCUCAUAGUGAUGAAGAGGAGGAUUCUGAGGACAAUGAUUCAGGGAAUGAAGGAGGUAGCUGGGCUUCUAUGGAUAGUGAAGAUGACAUGGUAGAUGAUUAUGGUGUGGCCUCAGAAGAAGAAAGUGAUGAAGAUGAUGAGCUUUUACCCAUUGAGAAGGCUGCGCAGAAGCAGAGAGCCCAGGAAGCAGAAACUCUGAGUCAGUGGAGUUCAGAAGACACUGAUGAUGAUGAGGAGGAGGAGGAGGAGGAAGUGGAACAUUCUUCCCAGCCAAAAUUCAAAAAUGAUGAUGAAGAAAAUGAAGAUCUUCAGAUCAACUUGGACAAGGAUGAAAAAUUUGUAUUGCCCUCUGGCAAGGAGAUAGAGGAAGAGAGUGCCCAGGCUCCAGAUCUGCAGUCUGUACACCAGCGAAUCCAGGACAUUGUUGGGGUGCUGCGGGAUUUUGGGUCUCAGCGAGAGGAAGGUCGGUCUCGGACUGAAUAUCUGAGCCGACUUCGGAAAGACUUGGCAACAUACUACUCCUAUGGAGAUUUCCUGAUUGGCAAGAUAAUGGACAUUUUUCCUCUUUCUGAGCUAGUGGAGUUCCUUGAAGCUAAUGAGGUUCCUCGACCCAUCACUCUCAGGACCAACACCCUGAAAACUCGCCGACGGGAUUUGGCUCAGGCCUUGAUCAACCGUGGGGUGAAUCUGGAUCCCUUGGGUAAAUGGUCAAAGACCGGACUGGUGGUGUAUGACUCUUCUGUGCCCAUUGGAGCCACUCCUGAGUACCUGGCAGGGCACUACAUCCUUCAGGGUGCUUCCAGCAUGCUGCCUGUCAUUGCCUUGGCACCACAGGAACAUGAGCGUAUUUUGGAUAUGUGUUGUGCUCCUGGGGGCAAAACUAGCUAUAUAGCCCAACUGAUGAAGAACACAGGAGUGAUCCUUGCCAAUGAUGCUAAUGCUGAGCGUCUCAAGAGUGUUGUAGGCAAUCUGCACCGUUUGGGGGUCACCAACACCAUCAUAAGCCAUGAUGAUGGACGUCAUUUCCCUAAGGUGGUAGGAGGCUUUGAUCGGGUUCUGCUUGAUGCCCCAUGUAGUGGCACUGGUAUCAUUUCUAAGGACCCAUCUGUGAAGACUAACAAGGAUGAUAAAGACAUCAAGAGAUGUGCUCAUAUCCAAAAGGAAUUGCUUCUGAGUGCUAUUGAUUCUGUUAAUGCUGCUUCCAAGACUGGAGGCUACAUUGUCUACUGUACUUGCUCCAUUACGGUAGAAGAAAAUGAAUGUGUGGUAGAGUAUGCCCUGAAGAAGAGAAAUGUGCGGCUGGUACCCACAGGGCUAGACUUUGGCCAAGAGGGCUUUACCCACUUUAGAGAGCGGAGAUUCCAUCCCACACUUCGCUCUACCAGGCGUUUCUACCCCCAUACCCAUAACAUGGAUGGCUUCUUCAUUGCCAAGUUCAAGAAAUUUUCCAAUGCUAUACCUCAAUCUAAGACAAGUGAUGCAGUAGCCAAUCCUACAGACUCCACAGAUGCCAGGCUGACCAACGGACUUUCUUCAACUAAAGCCCAGGGGGUCCCCCAGCCUAAAGUCAGCCCUAAGCUUGAUAAGACCACCAAGAAAGCUGGAAAGGCGAAGGUGCAGCAGCUAGGAGCUGCAGGGAUAAAGGGCCAGCAGCAGCCGACUAAGAAGACUCUUUUCCAGAAUGGGAAGUCUGUUCAUAAGGGCCCCAGGACUCCUACAGCAAGGACUCCCAGCUCCAGCCAGCCUCCCCCCAGGAAGAAGCAGAAGUCUCAGACCUGACAUGGCUGACACUGAGGGGUCUUAAGACUCCUAGACUGGCGGGACUUUGGGGCCCAUUCUGCCUGGGUGCUGGGCCUGGUCUUGGGGACAUAAGUACUAAUAUGGACAUAGCCUUGUAUACACAUAAAUAUGCCCAUCCCCCUC